ACAGCACCCGUGCCAAUGGGGCGGCUAACAGGGGGAGGGCGGUACGUGAAGGGCGUAACUCUUGGCAAGGGAACGUUCGGAGUCGUGUUCAAGGCAUACGACACUCAUACGGGCAGGACAGUGGCGAUAAAGAAGAUUCAUCUGGGCGACUGCAAGGAGGGCGUGAACGUGACGGCUCUGAGGGAGAUCAAGCUGCUGCAGGAGCUGCACCACCCACACAUCAUUGAUCUCAUCGACAUCUACCCUCACAAGAGGAAUCUCAACCUCGUUCUUGAGUUCAUGGAGACGGACUUAGAAAACAUCAUCAAGGAUCGAUCGCUGCACCUGUCACCAGCAGACAUCAAGGCGUUCAUGGACAUGAAGCCCAACAACAUCCUCACAGCCCCCAACACGCCACCUCAGGACAUGAAGCCCAACAAUCUCCUCUUCGGCCCAACAGACCGUCUCAAGAUUGCUGAUGUAAACCUGCUUAUCCCUUCCCCUUUUCCUACGCAUUUAUACCCCACACCUUCCACCCUUUUCCACACCGUCCCAAUCCACCCCCGCAGGGACAUGAAGCCCAACAAUCUCCUCAUCGGCCCCACAGGGGAGCUCAAGAUCGCUGAUUUCGGCUUUGCUCGCCUCUUUGGCAGCCCCGACCGCAAGCUCACACACCAGGUGUUUGCGCUGUGGACUGGACACCUGAGCUGCCCCUUCUCCCCAACCCCUUCUCACCGCCCAACAGGGGAGCUCAAGAUAGCGGAUUUCGGCUUUGCUCGCCUCUUCGGCAGCCCCGACCGCAAGCUCACCCACCAGGUGUUUGCGCUGUGGUAUCGCGCCCCUGAGCUGCUGUUCGGCAGCAAGGCAUACGGGUCAGGCGUGGACGUGUGGGGCGCUGGCUGCGUGUUUGCAGAGCUGCUGCUGCGACGGCCAUUCUUACAGGGAUCGAGCGACAUCGACCAAUUGGGGAAGAUUUUCGCUGCCCUGGGCACGCCGCGGGAGGACCAAUGGCCGGACAUGCAGUGCCUGCCCGACUACGUGCAUUUCAACUUCUGCCCGGCGCCGCCCCUCAAGUCGCACUUCCCAAUGGCAGGCGAUGAUGCCCUCGACCUGCUCUCGCGCAUGCUCACGUUUGACCCCAACAAGAGAAUCACAGCCUCUCAGGCAUUGCAGCACCGACGAUGCUCUCUCGACCUGCUCUCGCGCAUGCUCACCUUCGACCCCAACAAGCGCAUCACUGCUGCGCAGGCCUUACAGCAUUGGUGUGCUGUCGUGGAUGUAAGGUGUGCUGUCGUGGAUGUAAGGUGUGCUGUCGUGGAUGUAAGUUUCCUUCUUUGUGCAAGCUCCAAGGCCCUGCCUCGCCCUCCCUCGCUUCCCAUCGCUGUCACUUACACUCCCCUCGUCUCUCCCAUGUCCCAUCCCCCUACUCCCACCAGCUACUUCCUGCUGGGUCCGCCAGCCACCAAGCCCAAGGACCUACCUCGCCCGCCUCCAAAGCCCUCUGCCAGCGACUUCCCUCCCGGCUCCAUCCCUGUCGGCCUGCCACCCAUCGCCUCCGAUGCAGCAGCAGCUGCUCUUGAUGCUGCCAACGGUGCUACUGCUGGUGAUGAUGCGAGACGGGAAGGGACGGCUGGUGGGGCAGGAGCAGCAGCAGGUGGUGCUAAUACAGGGCGUAGGCAUCUCCCCCCUUCAGUAGAGUCACCCCACUAUCCCCGCAACCUCUCACCUUCCACCAAGGCCGUUCGUAUCUCCUUCCAACCAGGAAUAGAAGAGAUCACCGUGCACCUGCCCGGGGCCGUGAGGGCGGAUCUCGUGAUUCCCAGCCUCGCCUCAUUUUUCAAGCAUGGCCUGCUCGGAUCGGGCCAGGCGCUUUCGGGAGACGUGCGCGAAGACACGAAUGUGAGAGCGAUCCGUUAUAAGAUGCGCACUCUCAUGGAGGUAAACGAUGAGUCGCCGCAUGCGGGGACUGUUCGCGAUAUGGCGGCGGACGCCAUGCUCUCCGCGCUGCAGGGGGAAGACGCGGAUGCUGACGUGGCAUCGGAGAAUACGAGGAGGAUGCUGAAGAGGGAGAAGGGAGAGAGGAAGGAUGAGGGGCAUGAUUGGAAGGAUGAGGGGAGGAGGGAUGAGGGGAAUAAGCGGAAGGAUGAGGAGAAUAAGAGGAAGGAUGAGGAGAAUAAGAGGAAGGAUGAGGAGAAUAAGAGGAAGGAUGAGGAGAAUAAGAGGAGGGAUGAGGAGAAUAAGCGGAAGGAUGAGGUGAAUAGGAGGAAGGUUGAGGAGAAUGGGAGGAAGGACGAGGAGAAUAUGAGGAAGGACGAGGAGAAUAGGAGGAAGGACGAGGAGAAUAAGAGGAAGGACGAGGAGAAUAAGAGGAAGGACGAGGAGAAUAAGAGGAAGGAUGAGGAGAAUAAGAGGAAGGAUGAGGAGAAUAAGAGGAAGGAUGAGGAGAAUAAGAGGAAGGAUGAGGAGGAGAAUAAGAGGAAGGACGAGGAGAAUAAGAGGAAGGACGAGGAGAAUAAGAGGAAGGACGAGGAGAAUAAGAGGAAGGACGAGGAGAAUAAGAGGAAGGACGAGGAGAAUAAGAGGAAGGACGAGGAGAAUAAAAGGAAGGACGAGGAGAAUAAGAGGAAGGACGAGGAGAAUAAGAGGAAGGACGAGGAGAAUAAGAGGAAGGAUGAGGAGAAUAAGAGGAAGGAUGAGGAGAAUAAGAGGAACUAG